UUUAUUAAUAUAGUUGGAAUAUUUAAGAAGAGCACAAUGAGGACCAGGGUGCCCCGUUGCAGACCUUUCUCCACCCGGAUACUGGCCAUCUUCUUACUGUUGCUUGGUCUGGCUCUCUACUGCAUCUAUUAUAAUGCUACACCUUCAGGCUAUAACAAACCAAGUAAUUCUUUGGUGAACACCGUAAACGACGAACUCAAACCUCCGCGAUCCAUUGUACCAGAGCCUCGUCAGAUUGAUAAAGUAAAAGAAGAACAAUGUCCGAUUAUGAAGGAGAGCGUUGCCGACAUUGAUACUGUUUCCAUCUUCCCAUCGUUCGAUUUCCAGCCAAGCUGGCUUCGAACAAAGGAGUUUUGGGAUAGAACUUUUGAAGAACGCUACGAAAAAAUACGUAACGAUAGUCGGCGACCUGGAUUAAAGGUAAUAGUGGUGCCCCACUCACAUAACGAUCCCGGCUGGUUGAAGACUUUCGAGCAAUAUUUUGAAUGGAAAACUAAAAACAUCAUAAACAACAUCGUGAUCAAAUUGAACCAGCAUCCGAACAUGACAUUCAUUUGGACGGAGAUUUCAUUUCUUAACGCUUGGUGGGAGACUUCACAUCCCGUUAAACAGAAGGCACUUAAAAAAUUAAUAAAGGAAGGACGUCUUGAAAUUACGACUGGUGGCUGGGUAAUGCCUGACGAAGCCUGUACCCAUAUCUACGCACUAAUCGAUCAGUUCAUUGAAGGUCACCACUGGGUUAAAACUAAUCUUGGAGUUACGCCUAAAAUCGGUUGGUCAAUUGACCCAUUCGGUCAUGGGCCAACUGUGCCGUACAUACUUGACCAAAGCGGACUGGAGGGCGCGAUCAUCCAACGAAUCCACUAUGCGUGGAAGCAGUGGCUUGCGCAACGACAGAUUGAGGAGUUCCUCUGGAUUCCUGGAUGGACGUCGAAGAAGCCAUCUUUGAUAGUUCACAAUCAACCUUUUGAUAUUUAUUCUAUUAAAAGCACUUGCGGUCCUCAUCCGUCCAUUUGUCUUAGCUAUGAUUUUCGGAAAAUUCCUGGCGAGUAUUCCGAGUACACUGCAAAACAUGAAGAAAUAACUGAACACAAUCUUCACAGCAAAUCUAAAACAUUGCUAGAAGAAUAUGAACGCAUCGGAUCCCUCACCACUCACAAUGUAGUGCUGGUGCCGCUCGGCGACGACUUCAGAUACGAGUUCGACUCGGAAUUUGAUGCACAGUAUAUCAACUACAUGAAAAUGUUUAAUUACAUCAACAGCCACAAGGAACAAUUCCAUGCAGAAGUUCAAUUUGGUACCCCUUUGGACUAUUUUAAUGCUAUGAAGGAAAGGUUGAACGGUAAUAUACCAAGUUUAAAGGGCGAUUUCUUUGUCUACUCUGAUAUAUUCAGUGAAGGCAAACCUGCAUACUGGUCUGGAUAUUAUACAACGCGUCCCUAUCUUAAGAUUCUCGCACGACAAUUUGAACAUCAGCUUAGAACAUCGGAAAUUAUCUUCACGCUCGUCUCUAAUUUUAUACGACAGUCUACCGAUCAUAGACUCAUUUCUUCCGAGAAGCGAUUGGAAAAGCACUACGAACAAUUGGUCAACGCGAGGAGAAAUUUGGGACUUUUCCAGCAUCACGAUGCCAUCACGGGCACUUCGAAGGCUAAUGUCAUGAACGACUACGGCACUAAACUUUUUACAAGUUUAUAUCACUGCAUUCGACUGCAGGAAUCUGCUCUUACAUCACUUAUGCUACCGGACGAAAAAUUGCACUCUCAGAGCAUUUUGCAGAGUGAAGUAGAAUGGGAAACUUACGGGGCUCCAGUCCGUAAACUUCAGGUGUCCUUAGUUGAUAGAAAAAAAAUAAUUCUUUUCAAUCCUCUAGCAGAACGUCGAACCGAAGUUAUAACUGUUAGAUCAAAUACAACUGACAUUCGAGUUUACGAUAGCAGAACGAGACAACACGUGGAAUAUCAAAUAACACCUAUUAUUGAAGUUCUCGACAAUGGUAAACGUGUCAUUAGCAACAGUAAUUUCGAUAUCCAGUUUGUUGCAACUCUGCCCGCGUUGACCACGGUCACUUUCAAACUUGAAGAGCACACAAAUACGUCAAAACAUUGCCUCAUUUUUUGCAACAAUUGCAACGACAAUAAUUCAGAGAAACCACCGAAUUUUGUUAUAAAGAAAAUGAUGCCUGGUGAUAUUCAACUCGAAAAUUCAGUAUUGAAAUUACUAAUAAAUAGAAAUAAUGGAUUUUUGAAGCAAGUCUAUAGAAAGGAAGCGCGUAAGAAAAACACAGUAGAGAUACAAUUCGGGGCCUACCAAAGCGCGCAAAGACAUUCGGGAGCUUACCUGUUCAUGCCUGAUUACGAUGCACCUGAGAGACACGUCCUCAACCAGUACGCCAAUUGGAACAGCGCCCAAGAUGACAACAUUAUUAUAAUAUCCGGGCCGGUAUCCACUAGAAUAACUACAAUGUAUUUGCCGUUUUUGAUCCAUACAAUUACGAUAUAUAACGUGGAGGAGCCUGCGAUGCUGCACGCCAUAUCGAUCGAGAAUAUUGUUGAUUUCGAGAAUCCGCCCAAAAAUAGAGAAACUGAACUCUUUAUGCGAAUUGAAACUAACAUACUUAAUGGAGAACCGCCGGAGUUCUAUACGGAUCAGAACGGAUUUCAAUAUCAGAAGAGGGUAAAAGUUGAGAAGCUGGGUAUUGAAGCUAAUUAUUACCCGAUCACAACUAUGGCUUGGAUUCAAGAUGAUGAUACGCGAAUUACGUUGAUCACGAACCAUGCGCAGGGCGCGUCGGCUUUCGAACCUGGCCGUCUCGAGGUGAUGCUUGAUCGACGAACUCUGUACGAUGACUUCCGCGGCAUUGGUGAAGGCGUGGUCGAUAAUAAACAGACCACAUUCCAAAAUUGGCUCCUCAUCGAACCUACAAACUUUGAAAGAACCAAAAGAGAUACUAGUGAGAAAUUUCAAAACGUACACGAAAGAUUCUUUAAACCGGAGGAGAAAACGAGAGAUUACCAAUUGCCAUCGCAGACCGCCGAUUAUUUGAGCCGAUGUCUGAACUACCCUGUUAACAUUUAUUUAGUGGACACUAGUGAGGUGGGCGACAUACAAGUGAAGAAAUAUCAGUCCUUUGUCCAGAACUUUCCGCCGGGUAUUCACCUUGUUACCAUGCGCACUAUUACCGAUGAUAUCCUCGAACAGUUUCCGAGCUCAUCGUGCUACAUGGUAUUACAACGACCGGCUCACAGCUGUACUGUAGGACUGCAUCGUUCUAAACCGACCUCGUUUACGCCUAAGACCCGGUUUAAUGGACUUCACAUGAAGAACUUGACUUCAGUCAGUUUGACCGGUCUCAAAACAUACAACACUCUAGUAGGUAUAGAAGAUGUGAAACUAGAACCGGUCGAAGUUAAAACAUACAAGGUCAAGUUUUGAAGACUGUUAAAUUUAAUCUUUAGGUAAAUAUUAAUAAACUUGCUGUUCUAUAAGUAUUUAGUCAGCAUUAAUAUUAGUAAACGCUUUGACUAUAUCUCUCUAGGUCCAAAUUAAAUUCGAUGCACUCGGGAGAUAUUUGUACGAUGUCUAUGUGAAAUUAAUAUUAAGAAUACAUAUUAUUGUAAGUUUCCACUGCCGAAACGUGUGUAAAAAACAUAUAGUCGUCUUUGUCGUUGUCUUUGCUAAAACAGAGAUGAAAAUAUGUUUUAUACAAUUGUUUCGGUAGAUGAAACCCACGUUUAAAUAGAGCAUUUUUGUUGCAAUUUCCCCUUUUUUCAUGUUCACGAU